GUGGGCUGGUCAACACAUCUCGUAGCAACACUGAGUCGCAGAUCAGCAGUUAACCGGAGAAGCCGUCACAUUGCGCGCCGCAACAUUUUCUAGUCGUCGGUUGCUAUCAUCUCUCGCUAAUUGUUGUGACGUAACACUUGAAGGCUAACAGUGAUUUACCCUGUAGUUUUCGAUAACACUUAUUUAUUUUUGGACUUGGAUUUUUUUUUUAUAAAGUGGAAUUUGAAUUGAAAAUUUUUUGUUAGAGUGGAAUUUUUUUAUUUUUCAAGUAUGGUUUUGAUGCUAGCAAGAAUUAUGUGCUCCUGAAAUGCUGAUUGAUAACUGAAACUUCUGAAAAAGAAAAAACCUGAUAGUAUCCAGUUUGCAGCUUUUUCUACUGCUAUAUUUAUUGUGACAUUGAAAACUCUUGCGUCUAGGCUUGCUCUAGACUAAGUACUGUUAAAAGUGGCUUCUAUAUUAUGUCCUGCUCUCCAUGCGGCUAUAGCUACACAUCUACACCUCAGAUUCUAAUGACAGGACAGCACCCUAGCAUUCCAUAUCCGACCUCAAACACUAUGCCCCCGGAUACAUUGGUGAGUCAGGCCCACCCCGGGUCGAGCAUUUGCUCCCUGCCGUACGACGGACGCCUUCUGGGAACAGCAUACCCGAGACUAACGGAGCUGUACGGCGGGGCGAGCUACCCCGAUCACGUCGCCGCUACCUAUAUGGGUGGGCUCGGCCCUAGUCACCCGGCCAUGCUUUACUCAGCACCUUUGGCUUCACCUUACGACAUUAAAGACCCCAGAGCAGCAUGGCCUCCUCUUCCUCAAGCUGCUGGAUAUGAUCCAAUAUUAGCAGCCUAUUCCCCUUAUGGUGACAGGUUCGAUCCUGUUGACAGCGAAGCCAGACGCCGCAACGCUACUCGAGAAACCACGAGUACCCUCAAAGCGUGGCUAAACGAGCACCGCAAAAAUCCUUAUCCAACAAAGGGCGAGAAGAUCAUGCUGGCUAUCAUCACCAAAAUGACCCUCACCCAAGUAUCCACGUGGUUCGCCAAUGCACGGAGGCGAUUAAAGAAGGAAAAUAAAAUGACCUGGGAGCCCAGAAACAAAACGGGUGAUGACAUGGAAGAUGUGUCAGCCGAUGAAGAUGAUGAGAAGGAAGAACAAAAUGGGGAUGAUCCUAAGAGUGAUGCCAGUGACUUCAAUGAGAAUCAAAAAUCUCAAGAACAAGAAUCGUCGCAUAAAAAUAACAACAGUGUCGGAGAAGAAACACCUCGACGUGAAUCUUCAUCUCCUUACAGAAGUGGUUCGGAUUUAAGUGUGGAUGAUGCAGCAUUAAAACCAGUUCAGACUUCUCCUACGAAGCUACAAAUGACUGAUAUUGUGGAAAAUGUAAAAACGGGCGAAGUGGUUUCGCCUGAGAAACCAAAAAUUUGGUCGCUUGCACAAACAGCUACAUCAGACAGUCCCUCUAAUCCAAAGAAAAACAUCUUGGAAUCUCAGCAGACAGACAUGAAUAAAAUGAUCCGACGGAUGGGUUACAACGAAUCUCUGUAUCCUCAUCCUCCUCCAGAUAUGUCCCACCCUUCACCUUUCCACAGGAAUAUGUCCAGGAUAUCCCAGGACAGUUCUGCAGACUCUUCAUUGUCGUCUCCACCGCUUUGGAGGACAUCAGAGCUUCACAAUUUCAACCCCAAUGAAAAGUAUGGCCGAAUAACUCCUCUUGACUCUAAUGAUGUAGCGUCUGUGUCACCGUCCUCAGCAGGGUCCCCUGCGGUUGUACCAUCCAGUUUAGAACAAUCGAAUAGAGUGUCCCCAAGUUUGAGUUACAACCGCAUGGUAGGUAGUAGAUUCAAUAUGCCAUGCAACGACGGUAUGCAAAAUGUCAGCAGGCAUAUCAUGGACUAUUCGCAGUUUUAUUCAAAUCAAAUGACUCCUAUGGGACCUACGCUAGACAUACGGACAUUUCAUCCAACAUUUCUGAGGGCAUCUCCAUUUCCUUAUCCAGUCGGCUAUACGUGCACUCCACCUGCGAUGUACCAUACACCACCUGUAACGACACUUAGUAAAACGAAGGCAGAUGAUGGUAAUUCAAGUUGAUCAAAGAGCCAACAUCAUCCAAGCUGUAGAGUUUCUGUUUCGAAUUACUGUAAACAUCUUUUUUGGACUAAUUAAUAACGAAGCCAAAGAAGCCGACUCAUUAAUCUGUUGAGAACUUAUGUUAUGAAAACUUUGUUCGACCAUCAAGUGUUCCACAUUACAUCAACUUCAGAUUUGUGACGAUAGAAAAUGGUUGUGCUCAGAUUGGCAUUUUAUGUAAAUACUAGAAAAAUAUUUUUAUGAAGAUUCAAUUUUAUGUUUUUAAGUUAAUUACGAAAUUAUAUUUUUAUCUAAAGAACAAUGCUAUCGACAUGAAGAUGUUUUCGCUUCCAUUGUUCUGUAGAUGCUGUGAUGUAAAAAAGCAGAAAAAAAUGUGAAUUCUAGUAAAAAAAAUAUCUAUGAAUUCCCUUCAAAAUAUUUUAAAAUUGUUAUAAAUAUUUUAAGACUGAUGACUGGAAAAAAGGAUGGGCGAAAUUGAAAGAAAGUCGUCUAUUUAAAUCAACUUAAAGAAAAUUAUCAUGAUAUAAAGCGUCACAUUGUAUGAUCUUUCAUUUCAGAUUAUUUUUAAGCAAUUAGUUAUACAUUAAGUUUUUUUUUGUCAAGUGUGUAAAAAAAUUAAGUUGUUCCUUGAUAAAAUCCUACUUAGUACUUAUUGCUAAGUAAUUUCUCAAAUACCUACCGUAGAAUUAAAGAUAUCAACAUUAAUUUCUCAAUUCGAUAGAUUUGUUGAUAUCGUAGCAUGUUUUAAUUGUUAUAACAAUUCAAUAAGGGCAUUUUAGUAAAACGAAUUAAAUACUCAUUUGUAUGUGAGAGUGUAACAUGAAAAGAAAACUUUCAUGCAUCAUGUAAACAUUCAUGUAAAUUCUGGAAAAGCAUAUGCUGUAACGAACUUUGAUACUUCCAUUGCAUUAGGAAGUACGAUUUGCAGCAAAUGACUCUGAGCUUCUGGGUAAUAAAUGUUUCACAACUUCUUGUACAUAAACAUAAUCAUUCAUUAUAAGAAAUUGAAACGAAUUCAAUUAUUUGUCAGGUUUCAACUUUAUUAGAGAUUAAUUUGCAGUGCAAAGAAAGCUCUUUUGACUUAUCAUAUUUAAAAAUGUGAAUCCUGCUCAUCAAAGUCAAGUAAUUUAUGUAAAUUAUAUGCACGAGAUAUUUGAUA